AUGUCCCGGGCCUCGUCAGCCAGGACUGGGUGCCUGGCGAUCCUCUGGUGCAUCUGUGCAUGUGUGCCGGUCAAGGCGGGCUACCGGUCCAUCUACAUGACCAACCAUUGCAGCAUGGUGGUCUCCAUAGAGGCCAGCCUGCUGCUAGAGCUGACACCGCCGGACAGUCUGGGCCAUGGACGUGGCGGGGAAUUCCUGCAUUGUGAUGUCGACAUCCUAGCCCCGAGAGACAGCAGGAUCCUGGUGCAUGUUCAACGGUUGGGCAUCUCACCUGUUUCAGAUCAUUCAGACAGACUGCAGCUUUAUGAGGGAAGCCCAAGCAACACACGCCUGACGCCAAUCAAGGGACUGUAUGGCAGGCUAGAUAGACCACUUUCCAUAUCUGACAUCCCAGGCAGCAAGGUGAAGGAUUAUAAGACUUCCAGCAACAAGUUGAAGGUCGAUUACCUUGGCAAACCGACACGAGCAACUCCAGGCUUUCAGUUGAUCAUUACAGCAGUUCAAGGUCAGUAG